AAGAGUCUGGCAGGAGGCAGCGCAACAGUAAUUUUGGAGAUGACGCUUCCAGUUUGGAGCUGACAGGGAGCUGAGGUGCUGCAGCGGGCGCUGCUGCUGGGGAUGCAGGAAUGUUCUCCGGCUGAGCAGGACAGGGGACCCACAAGGAGCCUGCUGCAGGAGCAGAGGGUUUGGUGGCCAGCCCUGUCCCAGAGAGCUGGAGAGGCCGUGCUGAGGAGUGGCUGUGCCGGCCCGGCGGCUGAGAGAGCGGGAAGAUGAGCGCAGGGCCGGCACAUCUCCUGACAACUCUCUUCAUGGCAGCGGCAGCCAUGGGCUACCCGUCACGGCGCUCUCCCUCCGACCUGGAUGCCACCCCCAGGACAACAGUCACCUUUGAUGAGCUGUCGGGAGUCCGGCGCUUCACGGCGCACACCCUCAACUACAGCACGCUGCUGCUGGAGGACGAGCGGGGCAUCCUCUACGUGGGCGCCAGGGGAGCCAUCUUCGCCCUCAACUCCAGCGACGUGGCCGACGGCUCCCACCACACGAUCCACUGGGAAGCCUCCCCGGAGAAGAGGAUGGACUGUCUGCAGAAGGGCAAAAACAACAAGACCGAGUGCUUCAACCACGUGCGGUUCCUGCAGCGGCUGAACAGCACCCACCUCUAUGCCUGCGGGACCUACGCCUUCCACCCGCUCUGCGCCGCCAUCGAUGCCAACAGGUUCAUGUUGCCAUCUCACUUUGAAGAAGGCAAGGAGAAGUGUCCAUAUGACCCUGCCCGUGGCUACACUGGGCUCAUUGUGGAUGGAGGCUUGUACACAGCAACACGCUACGAGUUUCGGAGCCUCCCCGACAUUCGGAGGAACCUGCACCAGCGGCCACUGAAAACAGAGGAGUCCCCACUGCACUGGCUGAAUGACGCUGAGUUUGUGACCUCUGUGCUGGUCCGGGAGAGCAGGGACAGCCCUGUGGGUGACGAUGACAAAAUCUACUACUUCUUCAUGGAGAGGGCAGGAGAGGAGACCACAUCCUUCUUUGACAAGAGUCAGGUGGCCCGAGUGGCGCGGGUGGCCCGUGUCUGCAAGAGCGAUGUGGGGGGGAAGAAGAUUCUGCAGCGCAAGUGGACGUCCUUCAUGAAGGCACGCCUGGUCUGCUACAUCCCCUACUACGAGGUGCUGCGCAGCGUCUGCAGCCUGGACGGGGGCGGCUGGGCCAGCACUGUCUUCUAUGCUGCCUUCACACUCUCAGCACAGUGGAGGACCAUGGAGGCCUCGGCCGUGUGCCGCUACGACAUCUCGGCGGUGCAGCGUGCAUUCGAGGGCCCUUACAUGGAGUACCAGGACUGGGCUCGCAAAUGGUCCCGCUACGACGGUGCAGUGCCCGAGCCCCGGCCCGGCUCCUGCAUCACGGACCACUCCCGCAGGAAGGGCUACAACUCCUCGCAGGACCUGCCCAACAGUGUCCUGGACUUUGUCAAGCUGCACCCACUCAUGUUUGAGGAGGUGAAGCCAGCUGACGGGGAGCCGCUCCUGGUGAAGAAGAACGUGGUGUACAGCCAGCUGGCUGUAGACAGGGUGCAGGCCCUGGAUGGUCGCUCCUACGAUGUGCUCUUCAUGGGGACAGGGGAUGGCUGGAUCCACAAGGCUGUGGUGGUGAACUCUGGCAUCCACAUUGUGGAAGAGGUGCAGGUGUUCAGGGACCUGCAGCCUGUGGAGAGCCUGGUGAUCUCCCACAUCCAGAGGAGCCUGUACGUGGGGGCAGCCAGCGGGAUCGUGCAGGUGCCCCUGGCCUCCUGUGCCAAGUACUCCUCCUGCUAUGACUGCAUCCUCGCCCGGGACCCCUACUGUGCCUGGGAUGGCAGGGCAUGCCGCACCAUCGCCACCACAGACAGCACAGGGCUGGUGCAGGACAUUCAAAGUGGCAACAAGGGAUGCCGGAGCAGCUCUGGACGGGUGCGUGUCCCCACAGGCUCCCUGCUGUGGAAGAACCGGACGGUGCUGCAGGGGGACGAUGUGCUGCUGCCCUGCGACCAGCGCUCCAACCUGGCCCGAGCCGUGUGGAUGAUGAACGGCAGCGAAGUGCUGGGCACGGGGCAGGACCGGCUGCGCGUGGGGGUGGACGGGCUGCUGGUGACGGACACGCUGCCCCAGCACAGCGGCGAGUACCGCUGCUACGGCGAGGAGCAGGGUCUCCGGACACUGUUGGCUACCUACAGCCUCUCCGUGCUGCCCGAGCUGCCCCGCAGCCCUACGGCUGCCCCAUCACCCCAUGCCGCCAGCCAGACGACCAACGACAUGAAGGUGGCUUACAUUUCUGCCAUCGUCACCUUGGUGGUGCUCUGCACCGUGCUCAGCAUCAUCCUCCUGUACAUGUCCUGCCUGGAGAAGCGCAAGGGCAAGUAUGUGCUAGGGGAGCCGCGGCCAGCCAGCGUGGAGCUGCAGACCGUCUCGGCCAACUGCCUGCGCAAGGGCCACCGGGAGGAGGAGGAGGAAGAGCUCACCUACCCCGACGGCUGCCUGCGGAUCAUCCCCGGCGAGGCGCCCACGGCAGCCACCUCCCCAGCCAAGGAGCAGCCGGCUGCCACGCCCCCAGUGCCACCCCCGCUGCCAGCCGAGCUCACCAAUGGCGUGGGGGCUCUGCCCAACGUCCUGCGCAAGAUGAACGGCAACAGCUACAUGCUGCUGCAGCAGCAGGAGGAGCCGCUGGCCUCCCCGCUCUACAGCGCGUCCUUCACCGAGGAGCUCAGCAAAAUCCUGGAGAAGCGAAAACACACGCAACUGGUGGAAAAGCUGGACGAGAGCUCCGUGUAGGGGCUGGGGAGGGGGGUCCUGCCAGUGGGGCCCUCCUCCCCUCCAGCCCCUUCUCCCACCCUUUGCCAGCAGUAUUACAAGUCUCAGGCAAAACUACCUCCUUGAUGGCAGAGCUGGGCCGGGCCCAGGCUGAGCCAUUCCUUUGGCAUUCAUUCACUUCUGAGACUUACUGUACAGAAAAAAAGGAACAAGUACCUAUUUAAAUUUUGAGCUCUAUUUAUGUAUAAAAACUCACUGACAGUGGCCACGAGCUGGAGACAGGAGCUCCAGGAAGGUGGACAUUAUAGGGAAGGAGAGUUUUUGUCUGUUCACCCAGGCGUGAGAGAGACGCUGUUGUGGAUGUGUGGACUUGGCCAGCCUUGGCUGGGUGUCCCUUGGCACACAGGAGCUGGAUAGCUGCUGAGAGGGUUUCCUCUCUGGGAGAGGAUGGUUUGGCGAGGCACAAGAGACAGGGCAAGGAGCUGAUGUCCUGAAUACCCUGGAGCAGCUGGUGAAGGGGCAUGCGCCCACUGCAGAGGC